CGCUUUUUGCAUCCAGUCACGUUCUCGUCCGUCCAUCUCAACCCCAUCAAUCAUUGGCAUCCAUCCGGCUUGCUCGCAGUACAGUACCGCCGCUGACGUCAGCGUUUCGUUCGUGGCUGGCUGGAACGGCCCGACGCACUCCCACCGGAUCUCCACCGUUUGGAACAAGACAGGUUGGCGUUGGAUUCGCCUACUCGGGCGCUUUCGAACACCGUCAGUCUCACUUCAAACAGUUGGGGUGUGACGGAGAUAUGGGCCGUGAUAUUUUCUGAACUUGUUCGCCUUAUUCCCUCAAUUUUCGAUCUUUUUUGUCGAAGCUGCAACAAACGGCUGAAAAAAAUGUCCGUUGGAUCCUUCCCCUCGAGCGCUUUCGAACGCCGUCGAUCCCAUCCGGAGCCGUGAGGAUUUGAGAGAGAGAGAGAGAGAGAGAGGAGGAGAUGGCGACGGGUGAUGAGGUUGGAUUUUGGGGAUGAGACGUAUAUAAAGACGUUCCCAAUAGUCGCCGCCUCUCAGAAGUUACAGUACUCAAACAUGCCUUCCCUCGUUCAACUUCUGGCGCCCUCCAAAGAUGGCCCCCCAUCUCCAUAUAGCGUUCGUUGCUUGACGCGAAACUCCAACCACCGUCGAUCCAUAUAGCUCAGAGAAAUGGGAACAGAGAUUGUUCGGGGUUGGUGAUAACGUCAAACGCUAAUCUACGUUUUCCGAUGUUUUUCGACUCCAUUUGCGUUGCCAAACUAUUCGAAGGCUGCUAUGGUGCCUCCGUCAACACAUGGUUUUUCUUGCGGCGAGGCUGAAGAGCUGCGAGGCCGGCAUUCGCAUCUUCGAGAUCGCCAAGCAGAGGAAGCUGCGCCACUAUGUUUGGCCAUGUCUUG